AUGGCCGCUAGUCAACCAAACAUCGGCAUUCCCCCUGAGCAUGAGGCUUCGUUCGAAGCUUUCACUCAAUCUACUCAGGAAAAGGGGUUGUUGGAUCGGCCCGAGAGUCUGGAAACCCGGGAUCUGUGCGACGGGCUAUCAGAUCCUCCCACCCUUCUGCGAUUCCUAGUCGCCCGUCGAUUUGACCCCGAUGAUGCUCUCAAGCAGUUCCAGGAGGCAUGCAAAUUCCGUGAAGAGAAGCGUAUCCUCAGGCUUUACGAUUUAAUCGACAUUGCCGAUUUCGAGGAGGCUCGUCAAAUUUACCCCCAUUGGACUGGUCGUAGGGACAAAAAAGGGCUACCCAUUAUCAUGCUCGACUUAGAUUGUCUUGACAAAGAUGCCGUUGCACGCUGGGAAACGACGCGGAAAAACAGUCGCUGGAUAAAUUCCCAAUCCGAAAAAGUCGAAAAACCAACUCCCGACAUGUUGCAACUGGCCUCUGUAUACCAUGAAAGUCUCGUUCGGUUCAUCCUUCCGCUUUGCUCGAUGAUGACAGACAGGCCGAACCCUUCAGUUCCGGUGACCAAUUCGAUCUAUCUUGUGGAUGCGUCCAAUUUGAGCUUAAAGCAAGCAUGGGGGUUGAGAUUCUUUGCCCAAGAGAUCAGUGGGCUGUUGUCGACAUGUUACCCAGAGACUAUUCAACGUGCCUUUGUAUGCAAUGCGCCCUCGUAUUUUAGCACAAUCUGGAGGUACGUCAAGGGCUAUAUCGACCCUCAUACUGCAGAAAAGAUCGAGGUGCUCAUGGGUCCGGAGGUCCUUCCCACCCUCAGAGAGUAUAUGGACGAUGCCAGCAUUCCAGCCAAGUUUGGAGGUAAAUUUGAAUUUACCAAUGGAAUGCUGCCGGAUCUCGACGAUAAUAUCCAGCAGCUUAUGAACCCAGAUUCGUCCAAGCCCCUGCCUCCUGGGCCCAUAAAAUGGAUCCAAGACUCAGAUGGUAGACAAACUGCAUUGGCUGUUGGCAGCAAUGCUGGAUCUGAGAGAAACGAUAAGAUCGCAAUACUUGAUCGAGUUGGGCAAUAA